UCGCUGCAAAUUCAUUCCUCCUCCCGGGUCUACUCCCCCCGCUAUAUCACAACAUAGACCGCCGGAGGCCUCCAGCGACUUUCUGCUCCUUCAAUCACAGCCGCCCAUCGUGUAUUCUGGUCCCAAAGAUCUUCGCAAUCGCAGAAGUAGAUGGCACAUCAUCAACCAUACGAUCCUUACUACCUUCAUCAACAUCAUCUUCAACCGCAGCAAGACAUGGCCGACUAUGGCGCCAUUAACACUCUCUUCGUCUCGGGCUUACCAGACGACGUCAAAGCCCGCGAAAUUCACAACCUUUUUCGCCGCCGCCCGGGUUUCGAGUCCUGCCAGCUCAAGUACACUGGCCGAGGCAACCAGGUUGUUGCAUUUGCUACCUUUUUUAAUCAUCAGUCUGCAAUUGCGGCACUGCAUUCAUUAAACGGUGUGAAAUUUGAUCCCCAAACUGGAUCCACUCUGCAUAUCGAGCUCGCAAGAUCAAACUCAAGAAGAAAACGUAAACCAGGAAAUGGUCCAUAUGUUGUCAUUGACAACAGGACUGAAGCAGCAGCUAAUGCCCAGGAAACAUCAAGUGAAGAUGGUGACAGGGAUGCUGAUGAUGCAUCUGGAUCUUACAAUAUGGAUUCCACCGACAAGGUUGAUUCAGUUACUACGAAGAGCGAGACAAAAGUUGAUAUUGACAAUCCAGUUGUAUCUGUAAAUGAGCCAUCUGAAAAGAUUGUUGAUGGAGCUUUUGGUGUUCAACCAUGUUCUACUUUAUUUCUUGCUAAUCUUGGUCCAAAUUGCAAUGAGGAUGAACUCAAACAAGUUCUGUCUCAAUAUCCUGGAUUCAGCAUGCUCAAAGUGCGUGCCAAAGGUGGAAUGCCAGUUGCAUUUGCCGAUUUUGAGGAAAUUGAGCAGGCUAGUAAAGUCAUGAAGGAGCUUCAGGGCAGCCUUUUACCGUCAUCAGACCGAGGCGGCGUGCACAUAGAAUAUGCAAGAUCCAAGAUGAGGAAGCAGUAGGAGAUGAGGACGGAAGGCAAGAAACACGUAUGCCAGCCUCGCAUUUAUCGUUCCAGCUCCCGUAGAUGUAUCAGUAUAAUCUCAUGGGAAAUUUUGGUUCAGUCCGUGCAAACAUUACGGAGCAGAAGAUAAUUGAAAUGCAAUGGUUAGCUGAGGUUUAAAGCUCCAAAACUGGAUUAUCUUUGGUAUCAUGUAUUUCAAAGAUUAUAUUUUAAUUCCAAGCAUCCAUAGCAAUGCAGCUCGUGCUUGUACUAUGAGUUGGUGAAAGUGUUUGGUAUAGCUUUAUUGUAGAAAA